AUGGGCAUUCCCAUGGGCAUUGGCAUUCCACGGCCCAUUCCCGGCGGUCCACCUCUACCCAUGGGAAACGGACCCGGAGGCGCGCCCGGCCACGGAGCCCCAGGCGGCAUUGGAGGUGGCCCACCUGUCAUUGGCCUCGGCAUGUGUUGUCCAUCGACCCAUUCCGUUUCCUCCAUUUCGCUCCCAGAAUCAGACUGUCCACUGGAGCCACUGCUCGACGGAGAUCCAGACGUGGCCCCAGAAGUUGUACUUUUUGGAUUAUGGUCUGGUCAGAGUCUCGAGCCGCUUCAAGCACUGGAGAUGUCGAGAGAAUCGCCAUGA